AUGACAACGCCUGUGGAGGAGGUGCUGAAGCAGUCUUUCCGUGAUAAGGUGAGAGGGGUUUCUCGGGCGAAAACUUUCGAUGAGGAGGAUCGUUUUGGUGCUUUGGAUAUGAAUGAUGGGCUUAUUGAGAUAUCGACCAAGGAUUCUUGGCCAGCAAUCCGAACCACUCCUAAGUUGAGAGAGUUUUUGCACAAGAAGUGGCGCAAUUGCCUAAUUGUGAAGCUUCUUGGCAGAAACAUAGGCUUCAAAACUUUAGAAAAUAAGGUGAUGGGUCUAUGGAAGCCGAUGGGAGAUCUUGAACUCAUUGAGUUAGGAGAGGGUUAUUUUAUUGCUAAGUUUUACCUGGAGGAUGAUAUGAAAUUUGCACUGGAAGAAGGACCUUGGGUAAUUUUUGGCCACUAUCUUACAGUAAGCCGUUGGAGGCCUGAUUUCCGACCUUCAGAAGCGGCCAUUCACACAACAGCAGCAUGGAUCAGAUUCCCGGAAUUGCCAGUUGAAUUUUAUGAUGAAAGGUUUCUUCUUGCUUUGGGUAAUACUGUUGGUAAGGAAAUCAAAGUGGACAGGAAUACUCAUUUUGCUUCUAGAGGUAAAUUUGCUAGAGUUUGUGUGGAAGUCGAUUUGACUAAACCCCUUGUACCAAAGGUUUAUGUUGAUGAUCGUUGGACAAGAGUGGAGUAUGAGGGGUUACCUCUUAUUUGUUUCCAAUGUGGAUAUGUUGGACAUCGGAAUUGUAAGAUAGAUGUUGUGUCUGCCGAGACUGUAAAUGUUCCAGGGGAGACAGGUAAUGGUGAGAAACCUGCAAAAGGUGAUACUACGGCCGUGGUCGAGGCUCAUGUACAAGUUGAAGGGUCUGUUAUGGAUGGUGUCGAAGCACCACGGGAUAAGGCAGUGGAAUCUGCUUAUGGGCCUUGGAUGGUGGCUCAACCCCGUAGGCAACGAGGUCCGACCAAAAAGAUGGCUGAUCCUACAUGGAAGCAACAUGGGACUAAUGAUGGUAAUACGGGGUCACGAUUUGCUGCCUUAGCAAAUCUCCAGGAAUCUGAAAAUGGCGCGCCAAUUACUGGAUCAGGUUCGAAGUCGACAUCAAAUUUUGUCAAAGAAUCUAGGCCUAUAAUUAGUGGGAGUACUUCAAGGUAUAAGGUGCAUGGAAGUACAGGUAGGCCACGACAAGAGCCUAAAAGUAGUGGGGUUCUUGCGCCAAAAAAUUUGGUUCAUGAAGAGGUGGGUGCUAUUCCAGCUUUCUUGAAUAAAUUUAGUGAGAAGAGUAGAGAGGUUAUGAAAGAGAAUUCUUUAUCAGUGGUGGACACAGACAGUAACUUGAUGGUGAUUGACGAAUCUUUAUUAAGGGAGGAGGAGGCAGUGGGGGUAAUAAAAGCUGGUAACCAGCAAACAUUUCCCUCAUUGUCUUCUGAUCACAGGACUCGAGAUCCCCUAACACUCAAUCAUUUACGGGGAGCCGGGAGUAAAGCUUUCCGAAGAAAUAGUAGAGAGUUUUUGUGGUUGUAUAGACCGCAUAUUUUUAUUGUUGUUGAACCAAGAAUUUCUGGUGAUCGUGCGAAUCGAGUAGCUAAGAGACUUGGGUUUUCGGAUUAUCACAUUGUUGAUCCAGUGGGUUUUUCGGGUGGUUUGUGGAUUUGUUGGGAUAGUCAAUAUGUACAGUUAGAAAUUUUGUUCUCCUCCACUCAAGUUAUUCAUGUCAUUGUUAGAGUUGGAGAUGAGCAAGAAUGGCUUUUAUCGGCAGUUUAUGCAAGCCCAGUAUUGGCAGUAAGGAGAAAGCUUUGGGAGGCUAUGGAAGAGUUUACUUCAGUGGUUAGAAUACCACGGAUGAUGAUUGGGGAUUUCAAUGACAUUAGCACCAGUGCCGAAAAGUUUGGAGGGGCUGAUGUUACAAUAAACAGAUGCAUGAGAUUUAAUAGUAUGGUUGCAAAUUGUGGGCUUUCAGAUCUUGGAUUUCAGGGUCCUUCAUAUACGUGGACAAAUAGGAGGAAGAAGGGUCAGCGAAUUCAUGAAAGAUUAGACAGAGCUUUAGCUAGUGCAGAAUGGCGACUUCUCUUCCCUGAGGCUAUAGUCAAACACUUACCGAGAUUUUACUCGGACCAUUGUCCAAUUCUAGUGCAAUGUAAGGAGGAAAUUCCGAUUGAUUCUUCCAAAAAGCCAUUUAGAUUUCAAGCAAUGUGGCUUACUCAUAAAGAGGGUCCUGAUUACAUAGCCAAUUGUUGGGGCAAUGCGGAAGGGGACUUAAUGGCCAAAUCUGCAUCUUUAGUGGAAGCAUUGAAGACAUGGAACAAAGAGGUUUUUGGUAACAUUUUUGAACGCAAAAAGGAAUUGAGGGCACGGGUUCUUGGUGUACAAAAAGCUUUAGCAAGAUCAGCUUCACCCAGGUUGAUUGAUCUAGAGCAAGAAUUGGUGUCGGAAUAUAACAAGAUUUUGGAGCAAGAGGAAUUGUUGUGGUUUCAGAAAUCCAGAGUACAAUGGUACAAAGAAGGAGAAAAGAAUACUAAACUUUUUCAUCUCUCUACUGUGUGCCGAAGGCGCAGAAACAAGAUUUCCAUGCUGAAAAAUGAUGAUGGGGAAUGGGUUCUUACACCUGCAAGCCUCAAAGCUAUGGUUUCUGCCUAUUAUGUUAGUCUUUUUUCUGUCGAUAAUGCUUUGAGUUUGGCGCGACUUGAUGUAGUUUGUCCUGUUUUGCCAACUGACCGGAUUCAAUCUUUGGAUAAUGGUAUUACCAUUACCGAGGUUAAACAAGCUUUGUUUCAGAUGAAACCUUGGAAGGCACCGGGGAAUGAUGGUUUCCAUGCAGUCUUGUGGAAUGGAGAGAAGUUGAACUCUUUCCAACCACAAAGAGGCUUACGGCAAGGUGAUCCGUUGUCUCCGUAUCUCUUUGUUCUCUGUAUGGAGCGCCUGGGUCAUUUAAUUGAUCGAGAGGCAAUUAAAAUUAAAGAAGCCUUAGAUGAAUUCUGCAUGGCAUCGGGAGCUAAAAUCAGUUUUGACAAGUCUAAGAUUUUUGUUUCUCCUAAAGCGCAGGGUGGCAAUAGGCGAAUGAGUUCUUUGUUGGGUAUUCCUAGCACUGAUGAUUUAGGAAAAUAUUUGGGUGUGCCUUUGAUUCAUGGGAGAGUGACGAAAGCUACUUUUAAGGAUGUUGUGGAGAAGUCUUUGGGACGGUUUCUUAAAGCUAAAUAUCGAGUGGGAGAGGACAUUUGGAAUUUUAUUGAGGAUAGGCAGCAUGGCUCACAAACAUGGUCAUAUACGUGGAGAAGUUUAAUCAAGGCAUGCACGUUACUGUCAAAUGGACUAAAAUGGCGCAUUGGCAAUGGAAGUAGGGUGAAGUUUUGGGCUGACCCUUGGUUAUUGAGUACACCGUUAAGGGAUGUAGUUGAUCAUUCUUGCUAUGCAGGGAGCUCGGGUGUUUUGGUGUUGGAUUAUAUGACGGAUGGUGGGGGUUGGAACAUGGAGAAAAUUUUUUUGGAGUUGCCGAUGGAACUAGCUUUAAAAGUUAUAGGUUAUCCUUUGCCUAAUGUUUCCUCUCCUCAAGAUAGGAAAAUUUGGAAGUUUUCGCCUAAUGGAAUUUUUACUACAAAAUCUGCAUAUCAGUCUUUAAUAGAAGACGACAUGGUGCCUUUGGGUGGAGAUUGGAGUUGGUUUUGGAAGAUUCCACUCCCGGCUCGUUGGUUACAUUUUAUUUGGUUAGUGCGACGGGGUCGAUUACUCACUAAUAGUCUUCGGGCGACAUGGGGCAUGGGGAAUGAUCCAAAGUGUCAUUUAUGUGGACUGGAGGAGGAAUCACUUGUUCAUAUUUUGCGAGACUGUCCUACAUCUCGCAAGGUUUGGGAUUAUUUUGGUAAGCCUCUAAACUCGGAUUCCUUGAUGCAAUGGCUAGAUGAUAAUUUAGCCUUGCGAACUUUACAUGAUAGAGUUGAAUGGAGGAUAAUUUUCGGUGUGACGCUUUGGAGAAUAUGGACUCGGCGAUGUGGCUUUGUUAUGAAUGAAGGUGAUGUUUCUUUGGAUGAGAGUUCUCUUACGGCAAAUAUUAUGGUUACAGCAGGUGAAGUGAUGAAAUCUCUUGUUAAUCAUAAGCCAUUGCUCAGCCAAGAUCUCCAAGUUCGAUGGGUGCCGCCCGAAGAUGCGGUUGUGAAAUUGAAUACAGAUGGCGCUGCAAAAGGGAAUCCAGGAGUAGCCGGUGCUGGAGGAGUAAUAAGGUCGGCUGUUGGGAGUUGGCUAAUGGGUUUCAAAUUGCAUUUAGGUGUUUGCUCCAAUGUUGAAGCUGAGCUGCAAGCGAUUCGGCAAGGCUUGCUGGUGGCGUGGAAUUGCAGUUAUCGGGAUAUUAUAUGUGAGACCGAUGCACUAAUUGCUAUUGAUUUAAUCAAGAAUGGUGAUGCUAAGUUUCAUCCUCUCGGCUACCUGCUUAUUGAUAUUAGACAGUUAUUGCACCGAGAGUGGAGAUGCAAGUUACAACACACUUACCGAGAAGGGAACUUUUGUGCAGACUGGUUGGCUAAUGCUGCGUGUGAGCUUGAUGAUAAUUUUGAGUUGCUGCCUGCACCACCUGAUGAAGUGAAGAGUAUUCUUAAUGCUGACACUACGGGGGUCUUCUAUCCCCGUGGCUAUUGUUAUAAGUAG